CUUAGGUUUAAUAGGAAAAACUUGCUUCCUGCAAACAACCGAAAAAACUGCCCUUGGAAACUGUUUCUUUGGCCCGCAUGGAGCAGCUAGAACUUACACUGUGAGGCCCUUGACGGGACGAGCUCUCACCCGCUGAUCAGCCAGAGUGAUUGUCGCCAUGGCCAGCAAGAGGAAAUCCACCACCCCGUGCAUGAUCCCUGUGAAGACCGUGGUGCUGCAGGAGGCCAGUGCGGAGGCCCAGCCCGCCGAGGCGUUACCCGAAGGCCCCCAGCAGGAGCUGCCCCCUGAAGUGCCUGCUGGCAGCAGCGAGGCUGCGCAGAUGUCGAGCAGUACCGACGGCCCCGCCCUGGCCAACGGGCACCGGAGCACUUUGGACGGCUAUUCGUAUUCCUGCAAAUACUGUGAUUUCAGAGCCCAGGACAUAACCCAGUUUGUGGGACACAUGAAUUUAGAGCACACAGAUUUUAAUAAGGAUCCAACUUUUGUAUGCACUGAAUGCAGUUUUCUGGCAAAAACUCCUGAGGGGCUUUCUCUGCACAAUGCUAAGAGUCACUCGGGGGAAGCCAGCUUUGUGUGGAAUGUGGCCAAGCCAGACAAUCAUGUGGUCGUGGAGCAGAGCGUCCCCGAGAGCACCUGUACUCCUGACCUAUCGAGUGAGCCCAACGCCGAAGGGACCGACGGACAGGCCGAAAUCAUCAUUACCAAAACUCCAAUCAUGAAGAUAAUGAAAGGCAAAGCCGAAGCCAAAAAAAUUCAUACACUCAAGGAGAACAUCCCCAGUCAGCCUGUGGGUGACACAGCCUUACCAAACCCAUCGGCCGGGGAGACCGAGGCGAAGGAGGGGGACCACCCCUUUGUCAAUGGGGCAGUCCCGGUCAGUCAGCCAGCCACCAACUCGGCCAAAGGGCCGCAUGCGGCCAAUGGGCCCCUGCUGGGAGCGGUGCCGGUUCUGCCGGCUGGCAUAGCGCAGUUCCUCCCCCUGCAGCAGCCGCCCCCCCUGCAUGCCCAGCACCACGGCCAUCAGCCGCUGCCCACGUCCAAGUCCCUCCCCAAGGUGAUGAUCCCCCUGAGCAGCAUUCCCACCUACAAUGCGGCCAUGGACUCCAACAGCUUUCUGAAGAACUCGUUCCACAAGUUCCCCUACCCAACCAAAGCUGAGCUCUGCUAUUUGACUGUGGUCACCAAGUAUCCAGAAGAACAGCUCAAGAUCUGGUUCACAGCCCAGAGGCUGAAGCAGGGCAUCAGCUGGUCCCCUGAGGAGAUUGAGGACGCCCGGAAAAAGAUGUUCAAUACGGUCAUUCAGUCCGUACCCCAGCCCACGAUCACCGUCCUCAACACCCCCCUGGUCGCCAACGCUGGCGGUGUCCAGCACCUCAUCCAGGCCGCCCUCCCGGGCCACGUGGUAGGGCAGCCGGAGGGCACGGCGGGCGGCCUGCUGGUCACUCAGCCGCUGAUGGCCAACGGGCUGCAGGCGCCCAGCUCAUCCCUGCCGCCCGCCGUCACCUCGGUGCCCAAGCAGCCCACCGUGGCAGCCGUGAACACGGUGUGCUCCAACACCACAUCGGCAGUGAAGGUGGUCAACGCGGCCCAGUCGCUGCUCACGGCCUGCCCCAGCAUCACCUCCCAGGCCUUCCUUGACGCCAGCAUCUACAAGAACAAGAAGUCUCACGAACAGCUGUCUGCCCUGAAAGGAAGCUUCUGUCGGAACCAGUUCCCGGGGCAGAGCGAGGUGGAGCAUCUGACCAAAGUGACCGGCCUCAGCACCAGAGAGGUGCGCAAGUGGUUCAGCGACCGCAGGUACCACUGCCGGAACCUGAAGGGCUCCAGGGCCGUGCUGCCCGGUGACCCUGGCGCUAUCGUCAUCGACCCCGGGCCUGAGGCGCCCUUCUCCCCGUCGUUGGCCAAGGCCCCCGAGGUGCCCUGCGUCCCACCGGCCGCCACCCUGGCCACCCCUCCUUCCGCCAGACGCCAGGCCUGGCACCAGACCCCUGACUUCACGCCAACCAAGUACAAGGAGCGAGCCCCCGAGCAGCUCAGAGCCCUGGAGAGCAGUUUUGCACAAAACCCCCUUCCUCCCGAUGAGGAGCUGGACCGCCUGAGGACUGAAACCAAGAUGACCCGGAGAGAGAUUGACAGCUGGUUCUCGGAGAGGCGGAAGAGAGUGAGCGCCGAGGACCCCAAGAGGGCUGACGAGGGCACCGCUCCAGAGGAGGAGGAGGACGAGGCGGGAGAGGAGGAGCUGGGUGGGGGGCCGAGGGUCCCCGGGGAAGACGGCCCCCUGGAAGGGCUCGGCAGCCAUGCGCUGGCAGAGCGCAAGGUCAGCCCCAUCAAAAUUAACCUUAAGAACCUGCGCGUCACCGAGGCCAAUGGGGCCAACGGCAGGAGUGAGCUCCCGGGGCCGGGGGCCUGCGAGCCCGAAGAGGAUGGGCCCGGCCAGCCGGCCGAGCAGCCCCCUGGCAAAGCGAGCUGCAAGAAGACGGCCCAGCAGCGGCACCUGCUGCGCCAGCUCUUUGUGCAGACGCGGUGGCCCAGCACCCAGGACUAUGACGCCAUCAUGGCCCAGACCGGCCUGCCGCGGCCCGAGGUGGUGCGCUGGUUCGGGGACAGCAGGUACGCCCUGAAGAACGGCCAGCUCAAGUGGUAUGAAGACUAUAAGCGGGGCAACUUCCCUCCAGGGCUGCUGGUCGUCACCCCUGGUAACCGGGAGCUGCUGCAGGACUAUUACCUGACGCACAAGACACUGCGUGAGGGGGACGUGCAGAGCCUCUGCAACAAGACCCAGAUGAGCUCCCAGCAGGUCAAGCAAUGGUUUGCGGAGAAAAUGGGCGAGGAGACCCGGGCUGUGGCGGACGCGGGCAGCGAGGACCAGGGCGCCGGCGAGCCUGCAGCCAUUCACCAAGGGAUGGGGGACGCGUAUUCGGAGGUGUCGGAAAACAGUGAGUCGUGGGAGCCCGGCGCCCCUGAGGCCAGCUCGGAGCCCUUUGACGCCCCAAGUCCCCAGGCUGGACUUCAGCUGGAAACAGACUGAAUUUGAACAGAUUACUUCGAAGGACUGGCCAGUCCGGGAUGCCGCCUGCCACGUGGAGGGGCUCAACCCGACUCUCCGCUGCCACGUGCUGUUCCCAUGCUCGCCGCCGCCGCCGCCGGCCGGGCACGCACGAGAGCUGGAGGCCUCGCCGCCAGCCCCGAGCCCGCUGCCCCCGCCGGCCUGCCCCCACCGAGCGCGCCAGCAGGGAGAGUCGAGUGCUUGUCAGUUCUUCCUCCCGCCAUGUAGGACCUUUCCUUUGCCUUCCAGCGGAUAAAAUAGUUCAGAUUUCAUAUUCAUAGACACGGAGUCAAGUUUUUAACCUAUAAGUCUGCCUAUACACAUUUAAUAAAACAUCAGAUCAUAAGCACUGUCAUUACAUAGGAACUUUGGUUAGCCAGCAGCACAUUGUCUUACAUCAUCUCUGAAAAUGCCCUGUGUCUGUUCUCUGGGGAUCACGGGGGCCACGUGUCCCCAGCACGCGCGGACCUGGGGCUGAAGCCCUAGCGACCCCCCACCCUCCGCUCCUCGGGGAAGGCAGUACGUUUGCCGAGGCAGCUGCCCCCGGGGUGGCCACACUGGGGCCUGUCCGCCUUGCCCUGGCCUGGGGGCAAAUCGGCCCGGCGCCCGCCUGCGGUCUGGAAAUGGGACUGCUCACCUGAUAGUGUUUGCUCACCAAGCUCUUAAGUGGUUCCAGCCAUCCUGCUUGCUCGUGGGAGUUUGAAUCACGGACCAGAACUUUUCAGUUAUCGGGUCAACUUCAAGAAGUAUUUGUUGUUAAGCCUGAUGUACUGACUGAUGUGCCCACGUUUUUGUUGUUGUUUUUCAAUCUAGAUGUUUUGAGAGUGAGAGGAAAAUGGAGAAAAGGAACGCGCAGGGCUGAACGUAGAAGUACACGGCCCCAGCGUGUGGCUUUGGCUGCUGUGGUCUUUGGAGCCCUUACCCACGCUCCCUUCAAGGCCGCCAGUGGUCUGGGAAGGAAGACUCCAGCAGCCGGGAGUAAGAGCGAACGCUCUGGGAUCUGGGGAGCCAGGAGUGAUCAGAGCUGGGGUGGUCCUCGGCACAGAGACCUGCAGAUGGGGGUUCCUGGCCGGGCACCCAGAGUGCUCAUGGCCCCCGUGCCGAGGGCCUGGCUGGGUGCUGGGCAUCGCCGGACAGGCCCUUGUGAGGAUGUUUCUUAAGUUCUGCAUUUAUAUCCCCAGAUUUGGAAACAAGAUCUCUGUCUACUUUAGUCUAAUCCUCAUACCAUUUUUUUUUUUUUUAAUUGAGAAAAAUCACGGGAAAAGGUGCUUUUGAAACACUGGGAAACUUGCUUACAAAGCUGUACUACUUGGUAAAUCCCUAUUUCCCCCCAAAACUGGCUGUUCUGAGAGCAGCAGGUGAAACUGGGGCAGGCAGAAGUCGUCAUGUCCCCAGCAGCUCCGCUCACCUCCUGGAGACCCACCUGCUUCCCCAGGCACCAAGGCCUUGUGAGCAUGCUCCUUCUGGGCCCAGGCUGGGGGAGCAGCACGAAGCAGCCCCAGAGAGAGGGCAGGGGCUUCGGGCACGACAGACUGGUGGUUGGGUGGGCGCUGUCCUUCUCCCCAACCCCACCCAGGAAAUGAACUGGGUGGGGCACCUUGCUGGCUUGGCUCCAAGGGCAAAGAUGGUGGUGGCAACUUCCGCCUUCCAGGAGAGGGCUUUCUCUGGAACGCAAAAGCUCUUGAACCCCUGUUCUUCUAAAGUGUCUUCUGCUCUCCCAGACCCAGUAGGGACCACCUCUGAGUAGUUUGAAACGUGACGUGUGAGUACUUGGCAAGUUCUGCGCCCUGUGUUUGUGUCCUUUCCAUUUGAGUGUGAAGCUGUUGAGCCCCAAAGACCUCGUGGCAGAAUUGCCAGUGGUGAUUGCCUUCCUUCAGAGAACAGACACCUGGAAUUUUUCCUUUAGGGUUUGUGUACAUGCAGGUUAAUUUAUAUAUACACGUAGAUACAGUACAGAUAGUCAUUUGAUACUUUACUAAGAAAAUGUCCACCUGAGGUAUGCACCUGAGGAAGCUCGCGGUGGCACGAGGCUGCUGGGGAAGGGAGUCUGUGUUGGAGGGAAUGCUGGUACCCAGGGCGCAGCCGAGGCGGCCCGGCCGGAAACCAUCUGAGUGUGGGAGACACCAGCCUGCCAGCCUCACUCCCAGAGCCCCGCACUGGCCAAAGGGCUUUAGAGAGGAUUUUCUUGGUUAUUUAAUUUGUAUUCAUAUUUCAUUUACAACCCAAACAGCAACACAAAAAAUAAAUUACAUGGUGGACAAGUUCACGCAGGACAUAACGACCCAGCCUCGGCCCAGCCUGUCUUUAGAAGGUGGAGAAGCUACAGGCCUGCCCGCCUGGGCAUGUUUUCCUCACAUCUGUUAGCCCUGCCCACGAAAGGCAAGACUGCCCAGGUAAGGACCCCAGCAGACUAGAGAGUCCCUCCUCCUCAACUUGGACCAGUCUCCGGUCUUGGACCGGAGCAAAUAGUGGGGUUGAAGCCUCACGCUCACAAGAACCACGGUCCGAGGUGAUGGCGAGAGAGGCAACUGGGUCAUCGAGCCGGUACCCAGGGCUCUGGGUGCUUGGGGAACACAGCUAACCUGGCACAGAGACCCACCCCGGCCCGGAAUGCGUGGGGGCGUGGCUCCGCGGCAGUCCGGCCCGUGUCCUGUCACAAGACAGAUCACCGUGGUUUUGCACGCCCUCAAAGGGUGUCUGGGCUGUUGCCUGCAGCAGGUCGCUGGGCUGCAGAGUUUAGAGGUGGGGUUAGUCUCUCCUGAAGGAAAGCCUCAUGUAUAAGGUGACUCAUCUUUCCCCUCUUCUCUGUAUGCACUUGGACUUGUCAGAGAUCAUAAAAUAUUUCAGUGUUUCUUGUCGCCUAUGUCAGGCACAUGUUUGGUUUAUUCUAUUUUUUACAUGGGGUUGUAGAUUCAGUUGUAAUAGUUGAAACCAGAUCAUCAUUCUGAUAAAGGAAAGCUGGAUUUAUGAUACGUAUACCUUGCAUAUUUUGAUUACUUCUUUUAAUUCUUGACUCUGAAGGAGCUUUUUGAUUUGAGAGGAGAGUUCUCAUUUUCAGGAGUCUCAGGUUCCUGAAAUAGAGCACCCUGGUUGGAUGGCCCUGUUGGCAUUUGGGGUUUGGUAGCGCCAUGUGACUUAGGGCUCCUGGCCUGGCCUGGCCGAGUGACUGGCAGCUGUCCCGGUGGACCAGAGCCUCGACCGGAGGCUCUGCUCCCUGUUCUCCAGAAGCACGGGUGUGGGAGCUGGGCAGUGUUGGCCCGUAGCUUGUGGGCUCCCACGUGCACGGAUGGCGGCGUCCCUGCUGGCUGUUGGGAGGCUGUCCCACCAGGAAGUUUCAGCGUGUUUUCCAGGCUGAGAUGUGGCUCUUCAUCCUGCUCAGUCGGUGGCCCAGUGACAGGUCCUGUGUCCCCUCCCUGUCCCCUCUGGCUCUGGGACAUCUGUGCCAGGCUGCCUUCCGUGGAGGCUGGGUGCCCGCGCCCUCUGCACCUCCCCCCGCGGCUCCCAGCUGGGCAGCCUGGUCUCCCUCCUGUAAGCCCUUUGCCAUUGGAGCAGCUUUGUCGGUGUAAACCUCACAGCCCCAGUGGAUAAAGGCGCUUUGUAGGAGAGGAGAACUGGCCAAGAAGAAAGCGUCAAACCAAACCAAACCUGGAUUUGGGCUUUUUCUAAUUUUUCCCCCUUUUUCCUUGCUCAGAGUUUAUCUGGGGCAGGUUAUUGGUUUGACCCACACCUUUUGUAUUAAGUUUAAAUUUUCCUUUAUCCCAUCGAUGUGCAAAGCUCAGAUGCUGGAGAAGACCCUGUAGAUGGGUAAGGAUCCACCGAAUGAACUUCCAGGCCAGAGCCAGCAGCUGCCUGGGCCGGGAGGCUAACAGGCUGGGCUCUUCUCGCUCCUGUCUGGAGCCCCGUCUCCAGGACUCUGGACACAGCUUCCUUUGUUCUCUUUCCUGAGGAGCCCAGGCCCGCCCAGCCUUCCUGCCCAGACCUCGGGGCCCAUCUCUGCGUGGCUGGGGGAGCACCUGCCCUGAGAAAGCAGGGAGUGGGGAGCCCGAGCCUUCUUCUGAAUGGUCCCCAGCCCCCAGCCCGGCUUCAGUCUGAGGGAGCCAUCAUGCUGUUUCUCUGGCCAUUUCUAACAGCCAAGCUGUGCAACACCAGGGCUGAGGAGGCCGGAGGCAACUUCUGAUCAAAGUGACGAGUUUUGAUUUGGGCCGAGUGACCGUGGAAGUGACGACCGUGGGUGCUGCUUGGCUGGCCGCCCAGCCCAGCUCUAUGUCCAGAUGCGACAGAGAGGCCUCGGAUGGAGUUUGUUUCUGCCCCAGUCUAUGUGGUGUUCCUGGCACCAGGUCGUCCUGGGAAGGGGGUUCUCUGAGCUGACCCAGCAAGGGCACGUGGGAGUGAGGUAAAGGGCUCAGAGCAUUUGGUCCUAGGGGUGUCUGUUUUUCAGUCCUGAGUGCACUCGUCAAGACUGGCCGCUAACCUGGCCACUCCUUUGAACGGGGUCCCAGUCCUUCACCAGACUCGAGACCUGACAGCCUGGAGCCGGCAGGAAGCAGCCAUUGUAUCUGCCGAAGCCCAGAGCAGGGGCGGAAACCCCGGUGUCUGGCACGGACCGGCAGGCCCCGGUCACCACACGGACACGGUGGCAGCAAGCCCCUGCGGCCGUGAUUUUUAUAAGCCCUAUCUUGUGGUCGGCAGGACUGUCAGGAUCCACAGAGAACACGUGGCUCCCGCUUUGCCAUCCCCAGCCCCGAGGCUUCCGCAGCCCUCAGACCCUGGCCCUCGUGGCUGCUCAGGCCCGAGCCAGAGGGAGAGGUGAGCACAGCGAGCAGGGCUUUGCAGAGGUGGUGGUCGUCUUCUCUUCUGCUGGGUGUCUUUCCUGCUGUCCACUGGGGGGCAGGUGGCAAGCCAGGGUGCCUGAGAGUCUGAGUGGUGACCUGCCAUCGGUGCCUCUUCUUCCGGAGCCGGGCUGUGCCUCGUGCACACCUGGGCACUUGAGUGUUAGUGGCUUUUCUUGGCUAAUGCUCCGUAACUGCUCUUCCUUUCCACGAUAAAUGGGUGAUUUAGAAGUCUUUCGAGUCUUCGGCUGGAGCUGAAGGUGAAUUGUCCAGGGUAGAGGCUGUUCGGAGUCACUGAAUACAGAAAGCUGCCAGUAUGUGGUCUUUCCCGAGGUCAAACCCCAGAGUAGAUCCACUGGUGGAGGUAACAGUCUACCCCCGUGGUAGCUCUUCUGUAAUUGGUGUUUCAAGAGAGAUUGUCACUCAUCCUUGGUUCGUGCCCAUACAGAGGUCUCAUUCUGGCAGUUUGCUUGAAACGCUGGCCGGGCGGGAGCCCCAGGCUGACGGGUGCCGGCUGGCGGGGGAGGGACGCAGCACGGUCAGCGGGCACCCAGUGAGGCCGGGUGAGCGCCAGGGGACAAGGGGCGUCCCGUGCAGAGGAGUUCCUGCGGCGCUUCUGGGCAGGUGCGUCGUUGAGCUGUGGCAGGAGGACCGGACUGUGCCAUAAUUGUUACGACAGAAAAAACACGCCAACCUUCCUCUCUCCCCUGCCGGCCAUUGUUUAUUGAAAGUUUACUGAGCACAGUCUUUGUGGAUGUCAGGGAGGUUGUCACAGCUGCAGGGUCCUUCCUGACGGGCCUGAUUCCUGCUGGUUUUCUUCCCCCUCCCCGGCUAACCUUCUAGUCUUCGGGGCCACGGGAGGGCCCGGAAUGGCUGGCGAGCAGUUUGCCCUGGGGCGCCGCCUCUCUCCCAGAGACGCUGGAAAGACAGGAUCAUCUUGGUGCUAAGAGGCAACUGCCCUGUUUGUCCAGAGGCAAAUGGAGACUUUACCGAACUAUACAAGAGGGUCCCUACCCCCUGCGGCCGCCAGGUGUGAGACCAAACCGAGGGGCAUACUCUGUGGGUCAGGCCUGGGUGGGAUGGGAAUUCUUUACCCAGGAGUAAGUGUUUUUAACAGAAAGAUGUAACUUGCCUUUGGACCGUGGCUGUGCCGAGGCGGUGGAGUGGGCUGCCCUCUCUGGGCUGAGUCUCCAGGCCUAAUGAGGUCCCCUGUGGGGAUGCUGCUAUUUCUAAAAUGCAAAUUGCACAUUUCCUAGAUUUUGUAUCUGUGGAUUUGGAUGAGGGAGCAGGGCCAAACUGCUUAUACAAUUUGAUAUGGGCCGAAAUGGUACUUCAAAUCUUUUGAUUGUUCCUAAAUAAAAACAUAAAUACAUUUCA